CGACGCAUGCUGGAGACUGGUCAUAUUCAUACCUUGAAGGCGUAAGGUCGCUAUGCUGAUACUGACCCGUGUGCGAUGACUUCAGACACCUCAAGCUCUCUCUCCCACCGUGAGGCCUGGCGCCUCUUCCUCUUGGUGGGAGCCUGCAUCGGUAUCUUAACCAAUACAUUUCAGGGCGAAGGUGCACCCUUGAUCGCAUCGACUGCCUUCAGUGGCAUUGCAUUUGCAGUCACCUUCAGUAUGAUUCGUUGGCUUGGGCCGACCUUCCUCAAAGCAGGGCUGAAGGGGAGAGAUAUGGCCAAGCCGAAGAGGCCCGAAAUACCAGAGACAAUGGGAGCUGUUUGCUCCAUCGUCUACCUUCUUGCGCUCAUCUUCUUCAUUCCAUUCGCAUUCUACAAAGAUAUUGUGGCAGCUACCUCGGGAGGAGGUAAUCGCGAUGUUGUUGUUGAAGCCCAGCACGUCGAGCAUGGGCGUAUGCUACAUAGAUUCCCUCAUGGAAAGCUUGCCUCCUACCUUUCCGGUCUGCUUUCUCUUCAAUGCAUUGUUAUCCUUGGAAUUGGCGACGAUUUGCUCGAUAUCAGAUGGCGUCAUAAAGUCCUAAUCCCCGCCUUCGGUGCGAUUCCCAUGCUUAUAGUAUACUUCGUGGACUUCGGCGUCACACAUGUGGUAGUGCCCGUGCCUCUGCAGCCCUAUCUGGGUUCCUUCAUUGAUCUCGGAUGGCUGUAUUACGUAUACAUGGCCGCCGUGGCCAUCUUCUGCCCAAAUUCGAUCAACAUGCUGGCGGGGGUCAAUGGAGUGGAGGUUGCUCAAUCUCUCGUGAUAGCGGUCUUGUUGAUUGCGAACGACGCGCUGUACCUUGCGCCUGUGACACCAUACCCGCAUCCUGCGACUGACUCGCACCUGUUCUCGUUAUACUUCCUCCUGCCAUUUGUCGGAGUCUCUAUGGCCCUUCUGUGCCACAACUGGUACCCCUCCAAGGUCUUUGUGGGGGAUACAUACUGCUAUUUCGCAGGAAUGGUCUUUGCUGUUGUCGGCAUUCUCGGUCACUUCAGCAAAACACUGCUCCUCCUGUUCAUUCCCCAGAUCUUCAACUUUUUGUAUUCAACCCCGCAGCUGUUCCAUCUGAUUCCAUGUCCGCGCCAUCGCCUACCCAAAUUCAAUUCCGUGACUGGAUUGUUGGAUGCGUCUGUGACGGAGUGGACGGUACCGCCUUCGCCGCUGAUUGCCGCUGCCCUGAAACUCUUGCAUAGGCUGCGUCUGGUGCGCAUCACAAGAAACGAGAGUGGUCAAAUCACAGAAUCAACGAAUCUCACCAUCCUCAACCUUUGGCUGGUGUGGAUGGGACCGAUGAGGGAAGAUCGGUUAGCAUUGAGCAUGGUCGGCCUGCAGACUGUGUGUGGACUUUUAGGGCUCUUUGUGCGACACCGUCUGGCUCUGCUGGUUUUUCGCGAGGACAACAGAACGUUUGGAGCCCAUGUCUAGCCAUCUCAGAAGUGAUAAUGUAUAUCAGUCCAGCA